GGAAGGCGCCGCUCUCCGCAACGCGCACUUCCUCUCCAGGAGUCCGCGGAGGGAGUGCAGGCUCGAAGAGCUCCCCGAGGCAGAGGCCCUGCCCUUGUCAGACGGCGCAGACAUGUCGGAACAAAGUAAGGACCUGAGCGACCCCAACUUUGCAGCGGAGGCCCCCAACUCUGAGGUGCACGGCAGCCCUGGGGUUCCGGUGGGGGUCCCUUCUCCCGCCUCUCCCGCCGCGACCCUCGCAGGGCCACAGAGCCCUCCUGUAGGCCCGACGGCCUCCCCGCAGGCCGCGCCGCCGCCCCAGGCCCUGAGUGAAGAGGACGACCCAAAGGCCCUGCAACAGGCCGCAGAGGAGGGCCGCGUCCACCAGCCCCCUGACCCUGUCCAGCCGAUCCCACCGCCGCCAGCCCCUGCCCAGCUGGUGCAGAAGGCGCACGAGCUCAUGUGGUACGUGCUGGUCAAGGACCAGAAGAAGAUGAUCAUCUGGUUUCCAGAUAUGGUGAAGGAUGUCAUCGGCAGCUACAAGAAAUGGUGCAGAAGCAUCCUUAGGCGCACCAGCCUCAUCCUUGCCAGAGUUUUCGGGCUGCAUCUGAGGCUGACCAGCCUCCAUACGAUGGAGUUUGCGCUGGUCAAAGCCCUCAACCCGGAGGAGCUGGACAGGGUGGCGCUGAGCAACCGCAUGCCCAUGACAGGCCUCCUGCUCAUGAUCCUGAGCCUCAUCUAUGUGAAGGGUCGUGGUGCCAGAGAGAGCGCUGUCUGGAAUGUGCUGCGCAUCCUGGGGCUGAGGCCCUGGAAGAAGCACUCCACCUUCGGGGAUGUGAGAAAGCUUAUCACCGAGGAGUUCGUCCAGCAGAAUUACCUGAAGUACCAGCGUGUCCCCUACGUUGAGCCUCCUGAGUACGAGUUCUUCUGGGGCUCCCGAGCCAGCCGCGAAAUCACCAAGAUGCAAAUCAUGGAGUUCCUGGCCAGGGUCUUUAAGAAAGACCCCCAGGCUUGGCCUUCCCGAUACAGAGAAGCUCUGGAGGAGGCUAGAGCUCUGCGGGAGGCUAAUCCCAGUGCCCACUGCCCCCGCAGCAGUGUCUCCGAGGACUAGCAAGGUCUGGAGGCAGAUUAAUGGUUUCUGACCCUCACCAGGGCUGUGGAAGGGUGGGGGUGAGUCAGUCAUUAGAGUAUUCAGGAUUUACAGUGCAGUAUUUCACGUGUAACUUUUAAGUUUUCAGUACAGUGCUUUUAUACCUUUUAAUGCAAUGUUGUAUUCAUUUGGGUACUAUUGAGUAGUGUUUAGAACUUAUGCAUGUUUGUUUAUAAGUAAGCUCAGUUGGUGCUUUUGCUUUUGUGCUAUCUUUCUUGGAUUUUUUGUACCAGAGACGUGCUAAACUUAUGAAAUACAUUGAAAAUUUUUCCAUCUUAUUCUUUUAUAUGGGACUGAUGAUGUGUGUUGGAUUGGACUGUUCCUGGAGAUUUGGGAAGAACUCACCAGCAAAGCUGGCCUAACCAAGAGAAAAGUCAAGGGCCCUCUCUGUGUGACCUUGCUGGGCACAGGAAACAUCCAGUGUGGACUGAACUGAUUUGAACUGAAGCGGUCUCAAUGUGGGCACUUGGCACACUUUAUUAAACACAUAUACAUCCCUACCAUGAAUAAACUUUAAUGUAAACAUUAAAGAUUCUUGUGAUA